GUCACGUGUUCUGUAUCUCUGGCGUUGCAGCUCUCACGCAUCCCGCAGUCAAGUUUCGUACGUUCUACGCUGUGCGAUCUGUGCUCUGCGAUCUACACCCUCUCCAGAACCCCUGUCCAUAUCUGCUCACCUGUUCGAUUCAACUCUCUAACGCUUCUUGCGUCUAGAAUGACCGAUCGCACAGAUCGCCUUGAUCGAUGGUAAGGAUAUCAGUGUUUCUAGAGCGAGAAAAGAAUCGGCCAAGUCAUCCUCCUUCCAGAGGCGCACGUGCAUUUGCUUCCGCGUUCCCCUCUCCCGAGUCCUUCGACCUGACCUCCAUGGUCAAACCACCAUCCAGAAUGCGGACCGCUCCUGUACAUGCCUUCAGCAACUUGCGUUUUUCCCUUGGAUAUUCUCCAAAGAAUUCACCCAUCAUACGGCUCUUACAUGGCGGGACAACGAGACGGUCGAUCUCUGGCCAGAUCCCUCUGGACCGCUCGCCUAUGUUCUUGGAUGAUCAGCCAACACCCGACACCCUCGCUGGCCUUCUGAGCGGUCCCUUUCCGCCGCUAGACCCUGGAUCUUCCGGCAUAUCUACCCCUUCGCCGAACACCCGGAAACCGAGCAUUACCGAGUUGGCUACGGCAUAUCCCUUGACCAGCAUCGAAAAAUGGACACCGCUCAACAAGCUCCCGGCUAUGGCCAAAACAAUACUAGACUUCGUGGACAGCAAUCGGCUCCCUCAUCCCAGCCUAGAAAAAUUGCUUCCAAUCGACUCGAUCUGGGCUCGGCGAGUGCACUUUCCCAUGGUGGGCUCACGGGAGGCCGCGACCGAAGCCUAUGUGGAUCGCUAUUUUCUCGAGCCGUCCAGCCACAUUCUUGCCCUUCUUACGCGUUGUGCGUACGGAACGGAACCCGAGUUUACGAUCAAGGGCGGCUCCUGCGACCGAGUAGUCAUCUCCCGUCCAUCCUUGUGA